CUUUCCAAUGUAGCAAACUGCAAUCCUCUCCUUUUACCCCUAUUCUAUUUUAUCUCUCUUUCUUACCCUCUAUGUUACUUAUGCCAUGACAACUGUAUAAUUAAUCUAUCUUUAAUACAUCCAUUCAUAUUAAAAAAACAGAAAAACAAUAUAGCAAAAUUAUGAGGUCUUUCUCUUCACAUUAAUUUCUUCUACCUCCUUUUAAAAAUUUAGAAAACAAUAGGACACAAUAAAUUAGACAGAGACUUUCUAUCAAUCAAGGUGAAAAGAAAACCUCCCUCCCUCACUCCCAUUUUUGCUCUUUACGUUCUUUUCUUCUCUUCAAAUUCUGACUCUUCCAUUCAUAUUCUCCUUUUUCUCUUUUUUCAUAUACUAUUAAUUUUUCUUUUCUCUUAUCUUCACUCUUAUGUUUUUUUCACUUUCACCGACAGCUAGGUUGUUUUCACCAAAACACCACCAACUCCAAACAUCUAAAUUAUACCAAUCUUACUCUCUUGGUCUUUGUCUUUGUCUUUCCAUUCCUUUUCAUUCUUCUAUUUCACUUUGUCUAGAAGAAUAAGCUUUUGAACAAGUCAAGGUUGUUCUUUCUUCUUCCCUGGUUUUCCUCCAUUCAAAGGAAAGCAAUUUCUUAGAUACCCUUUUAGCUCUAUCAAACAAAACUUGCAAUGCAGUCAAAGGUUACAAAAAGGUCAACGAUCAACAUGUUCUCAAGGGACAAAAAAAGUGACACCAAUGUUCAUGUCAAUCCAAAUGUAGCUGAAUGGGAAUUAAGACCAGGUGGAAUGCUAGUACAAAAACGUAAUUCAGAUGUGAAUAAUAAUUUUUCAUCCAUCAUCAAAGUCAAAGUGAAGUAUGGCUCAUCUUAUCACCAAAUUCAUAUCAGUUCUCAUGCAAGUUUUGGUGAAUUGAAGAAAAUGUUGACAGAAUCAACAGGAUUGCAUGUUCAAGAUCAGAAGUUGAUUUUCAAGAAAAAAGAGAGAGAUUCAAAGUCAUAUCUUGAUAUUGAGAGAGUCAAAGAUGGAUCAAAGUUGAUUUUAAUUGAGGACAUUGAAAGUAGAGAAAGAAGGAUAUUGGAGAAAUUAAGAAUUGCAAAGAAGGAAAAGGCUUCAAAAUCGUUAAUUGAAAUAACCUUAGAGGUUGACAAACUUGCCAAAAAGGUUUCAACUUUGGAGGGUAAUGUUUCCAAAGGUGAAGUUAUUUCAGAGUUGGAUGUAGAGAGUUUAACAGAAAAUUUGAUGAGAGUAUUGAUUACAUUGGAUGAAAUUUAUGGUGAGGGUGAACUGAAAUUGCAGAGAAAAGAACAGGUUAGAAGAGUUCAGAAGCACAUUGAGACUCUUGAUAUGUUAAAGAUGUCAAAGCCAAAUGAAGGUAACAAUAACAUAACAAAGGAGAGUAAGGUUGAUUGUGAUGUUCCAAAGCAGCAUUUGCAAGAGAAGCAACAAGAACAACAACCUUUGAAACAUUCUGAGUCAGUUGUAGUAACAACCAAAUGGGAAACUUUUGAUUAAGAUUGCAUUAAGUUACUUAAAAUGUUUUUUAUUUUAUUUCCUAAGGUAGUUGUUAGAUGGGAUGCUUAGUUCAGCUCUAUUUAAUUCAAUGGAGAAAAUUUAAUAGAUUUUAUUGAUAAGCAGAAAAUUUAAUAGAUUAAUCCGUGUUAUAUAUGUGUGAGUGGUUUUAUUGUCUGUCGGUGUGAUUGCUUAGCUGUGAGAGUUUAAUUUAAUUUUUUUGACUUUUGGAGUAGGGACCAUGCAAUGCAAUCAAUGUAGAGAUAAUAGGGUAGAGAAGGGUAUAUUAAUAUUGAGAUAAAUGAUGUGUGCUGCUAGGUUGGACUAUUCCUUUUAGUGGCCACAAACUUUAACUAAUUCUUUGUAUUUUCCUCAACUUCUGCCAAAGCCAAACCGAUGAAAAUGGGAUACUGAUAGUGCUAUUCAGUAA